AUGGUCUUGUUUUCAGCAAUCACAUUGGUAGGAAUUGCGUCUCUGGUUCCUUUGGCAUUCGGCGCUGUGGGCCCGGACUGCAUCAAUGGGCCUUUGAAAUCGAACAAAAUCUGCGAUGUAGACGCAGACCCAACAGAGCGGGCUGCUGCACUCGUUGCAGCAAUGCGGCAACAGGAGAAGCUUGCAAACCUGAACUGGUGGGGUGAAGCUCUUCAUGGCGUAGCUGGGGCUCCUGGGAUCCAAUUCUCCGGUGAAUUCAAGACGGCGACAUCUUUUCCGAUGCCACUACUAAUGUCAGCCGCUUUCGAUGACGACCUUAUUCAUAAGGUUGCGACGAUAAUUGGGACCGAAGCAAGAGCCUUUGGCAACGGUGGAAAAGCUCCGUUCGACUUCUGGACGCCGAAUAUAAACCCUUUCAAAGAUCCCCGGUGGGGCCGUGGCUCAGAAACUCCCGGCGAGGAUACAACCAGGAUUAAGGGUUAUGUUAAAAGCUUGAUAUCAGGACUUGAAGGCGAUGAUAUCAAGGAGCGACGCAUUAUCGCUACGUGCAAGCACUUUGCCGCGAACGAUCUCGAAGAUUGGAAGGGUACUACAAGACACAACUUCAACGCAGAGAUCACACAACAAGAUCUAGCUGAGUACUACCUUCAGCCGUUCCAACAAUGUGCAAGAGAUUCUAAGGUAGGAUCGUUUAUGUGUUCGUACAAUAGCGUCAACGGUGUCCCUGCGUGUGCAAAUACUUUUCUGAUAGGAUCAGUUCUUCGAGACCACUGGAAGUGGGAUGGAAACAAUUAUAUUACCAGCGACUGUGAGGCUGUACUAGACGUAUCUCAAAACCACCACUACGCGUCCUCGAAUACUGAAGGUACUGCUCUGACAUUCAACGCCGAAAUGGACAGCAGCUGCGAGUAUUCUGGAUCUUCAGAUAUCCCAGGUGCCUGGAGCAGUGGCAUGCUAAAUGAGACUACUGUCGAUAGGGUCUUGAACCGUUUGUAUUACGGUCUCGUCCGUGCAGGCUACUUUGAUGGCUCCGCAGCAGUGUACGGCAAACUAGGUGCCGCUGAUGUUAAUACCAAAGCAGCACACCAACUAGCACGCCAAGCGGCUUCGGAUGGGAUUGUAAUGUUGAAGAAUGACAACACUCUACCACUUUCUCUGGGGCCUGGCGCAAAGGUAGCCAUGACAGGAUUCUGGGCUAAUGGCUCGAGCAAGCUUCAAGGAGGCUACAGCGGCCCGGCUCCAUUUCUGCACUCACCGGUGCACGCUGCCCAGCAUCUUGGACUAUCCGUCAAGACUAGUACGGGGCCAAUCCUUCAGAGGAACACGGCGAACGAUACAUGGACAACAAAUGCGCUCGCGGCCGCAGAUGGAUCGGAAUAUAUCCUCUAUUUUGGAGGCCAGGAUACAUCAGCCGCCGCUGAGGGCUUGGAUAGGCUCAGUCUCACAUGGCCGGAGGCACAAGUCACUCUCAUUCAUCAGCUUAGUGCCUUAGGGAAGCCGCUAGUGGUCAUUCAGAUGGGCGACAUGCUCGACAGUACUCCCCUACUUGCCCACAAGAGUGUCAACUCCAUUCUCUGGGCUAGUUGGCCAGGUCAAGACGGAGGUUCUGCUGUCAUGGAUAUUAUAUCUGGUACGAAAGCGGUCGCAGGUCGACUCCCCUUAACGCAGUACCCAGUCAACUAUACAAAUCUGCCCAUGACAGACAUGGGCCUCAGGCCAAAUGGAUCCAAUCCAGGCCGUACAUAUAGAUGGUAUCCUACGCCAAUUCGAUCAUUUGGAUACGGUCUACACUACACAUCGUUCAACGCCUCAUUCGACUCUUUCACACCAAGCCUCUCCAUCCAGCACUUGCUUAAGGACUGUCUCGACGACUUUCUGGAUAGGUGCGCGCUUCCACCUCUCUCCAUUAAAGUUAGCAACGCGGCCAACCGUACUUCUGACUUCGUGGUGCUCGUAUUCAUCAAGAGCACUAAUGGCCCGAAACCUUAUCCUGUCAAAACACUCACGGCGUACCAUCGCAUCCGUAAUAUUACGCCAGGCCAAACUGCAGAUGCCUUGCUUGAAUGGACGUUGGGUAGUGUGGCACGUCAUGAUGAGAAGGGUAAUACGGUGCUUUAUCCUGGAAAUUACCAGAUUUUGCUCGACGAGCCAGUACAGGCAACGUUGAAUUUUACAUUGACAGGCACAGAGGUAGUUCUUGAUAAGUGGCCAAAUGCACCAGCGUAG